AUGGGUGUGUCAACAAUUUCCAGAAUAGUUUUGGAAACAUGUGAUGUUAUUUGGCAAAUAUUGCAACCCACUGAAAUGGCAGCACCUACUACUCAAGAUUGGCUAGAAAUAUCAAAUGGAUAUUUUAAAACAUCACAAUUUCCUAAUUGCGUUGGAGCUGUUGAUGGCAAACACAUUAGGGUGGAAUGUCCAAAAAAUAGUGGGACACUAUAUUAUAACUAUAAACAAUAUUAUUCACUUAUUCUUAUGGCAGUCUGUGAUUCAAACUAUUGUUUCCGAAUAAUAGAUGUUGGUUCUUAUGGAAAAGAAAGCGACUGCAACAUUUUUAAAAUAUCGUCUUUCGGGAAAAAACUGUAUUCAAACCAAAUUAAUUUUUCUCCAGAUAACAAUUUACCAGGUGAUGAUUUCGGCGAACCUCAACCAUUUGUAAUUGUGGGUGAUGAAGCUUUCGCCCUACAUAACAAUUUGUUAAGACCGUUUCCUGGUAGGUCAUUAAAUGACCAAAGAAGGAUAUUCAACUACCGGCUAUCAAGGGCCCGACAAACAAUAGAAUGUUCCUUUGGCAUUUUAUCUCAAAAAUGGAGAGUUUUCCAAACUAGCAUUUUAGUUGAUCCUGAUAUGGCUACUACUAUCACAAAAGCAUGUUGUGUCUUACAUAAUUUUAUUCGACAUCGGGACGGAUAUAACAUCGAACACACUCUCAGUUGUCCUUUGGAGUGUAUAACUGAAAGAAGAGGAGUGGGAAAUUCUUCAACAAGUGCCAAAGAUGUGAGGGAGUUUGUUAAAUAUGUUAAUGAUCCUAGUCACGCUUUAAGCUGGCAGAAUAAAGUAAUUAGAUAA